AUGCCAUAUCCCAAUGCCACCGAUCCAUCAGAUGGGAAGUGUGAAAACUGCACGGCACAUGGGGGCUUCAUACGUUCCUGGGAAAAUACGCGGCCAGAGAUAAUCCCUGCACUUAUCAAGGCUAUGAAGAAACAUCCCGAUUAUCAGCUGGUUGUCGCGGGCCAUUCACUCGGUGGUGCUGUAGCGGCAUUGGCAAGUCUUGAAUUCAAACUGAGGGGCUGGAACCCACAUGUAACAACUUUUGGGGAGCCACGGGUAGGAAACCAGGCACUUGCAGAUUAUUUCAGCAAAAUAUUUGGUCUUAACUCGACUGCUCGCUCUAACGAAGGCGCUGCUACUGAUCUCCACCUUCCUUACCGCCGUAUAACCCAUAUGGACGACCCCGUUCCGCUCCUCCCGCCUUCCAGCAUGGAUUAUCGAAUGCAUUCUGGUGAGAUAUUCAUUACCAAAGUCGAGGUCCCCCCUUCAAUCGUGGAUUUACGAGUUUGUCAUGGCCCUGCCGACCCAACUUGUAUUAGCAAACAGGAGGAAGCAUAUGCUCGUCAAUUACGCAGCGCGUUGCCAUGGUCGUCAUCUAGCUUGUCUGAUGAUGAUCAGCAUCCACUUCAGUCGGAUGACCUAGAAUCUGAGGUUGAAGCAAGAGCAAUUAAGCCCUGGGAGCUCUUCUUCGCGCAUCGCGACUAUUUCCAUCGAGUUGGGAUAUGUUUCCCCAACCUUUUUGACUCGUCUCCGGACAAUAACGGGAAGAAAGCACCUUGGUGGAAAUGGAAGUGGCCGUUUACCGGUCAUGGUGUUGCAUAA